AUGUUCAGACUCUUAGGUAAAAUUCCAAAAGUCAAUUUUAGACUUUCAAAAAACAAGAUAACCAGAUCUUUAAGUUAUGUACCCGUGAAAAAUUCCUAUAAAUUAGGAGGUUUAUUCUUAACAUCUUCAAUCAUUAUUGGAUCUUCGGCUAUUUGGUCCACCCGAGAACCCAUUGAUAAUGAUAUUCAAAUUAGAAUUUCAGUUGACGAGGUGAUGAAACAUAACACCAUUGAUGAUUGUUGGAUUGCCAUCAAUGGAUUGGUUUUCGAUGUCACCAGGUUCUUAAUUAGUCACCCAGGAGGAGCUGAAAGAAUAUUCAAGUAUGCGGGAAAAGAUGCCAGUGGAGCUUUCCUGCAAAUACACUCUACAGAAGUUCUUGAUAAAAUGGUUGAACACAUUGAAUGUUUGGGAAAGUUAGAUGGUGAUUUUGAAAUCGAAUUGACAGAUGAACAGAAAAGAAUUGAAGAAAAUAUGAAACAUAGACCAGAUAUCAAUUUGAUCUACAAUUUGAAUGACUUUGAAUUUGUUGCAAAACAAGUAUUGCCUGAGAUAACUUAUUACUAUUUUACAACUGGUGCUUCAGAUCAACAUUCUGUUCAAGAAAACAGUAAUGCAUAUAAUAGAGUUUUCUUCAGACCUAAGGUUCUUCAAGAUAUUGCAGAUCCCGAUUUGAGAACGGAAAUGUUGGGUAAUAAAGUGGAAUUACCUAUAUAUGUUAGUGGAUUUGCUGGUUCAAAAUUUGCCCAUCCUCUUGGUGAAAAAAAUCUUCAAAAAGUUGCUUAUGAAAGAAAUAUAAUCGAAAUGGUUCCAAAACACAUGGGAUGGCCAUUUCAUGAAUUUUUCAGUGAGGUUCCAAAGGAUCAGAAAAUGUGGUAUCAAUUACAAUUUGAUACUCAAGAAGAAUUAGAUGUGGUUGAUAAAACUCUUGCUAAGAUCGAAGCAACUGGUAAUGUUAAAGGAAUUUUUGUCAAUGUUGAUUUGGCUGAUUUGGGGAACCGUGAAAAGGAUUCCAAGAAACGAGUAGAAGAUGCUGCUGCUGCUGCAGUCUUAGCUACUGUUGCUAAUAACGGUAAGGUUAACUUCCCCCAAAGAUUUACUUGGAAUUCAAUUAAACACAUCCAAAGUUUGACUGAUUUACCUAUUUGUUUAAAAGGUGUUCAAAGAGGUGAAGAUGUAGUAUUGGCUGCUAUGAGCGGUAUCAAAGCUGUAGUUCUAUCUAAUCAUGGUGGUCGUCAAUUGGAUUUUUCUAGACCACCUCUUGAAGUUUUAGCUGAAGCUAAAACUAUGUUGAAAGAAAAAAAUUUGGAAGAUAAAAUAGAAAUUUACAUCGACGGUGGAAUUCGUAGAGGAUCUGACAUUUUGAAAGCUUUAUGUUUAGGAGCCAAAGGUGUAGGAAUGGGACGUCCCUUCCUUUAUGCUAUGGCUUCUUAUGGAGAAGAUGGAGUCAGAAGAUUAUUUGACAUCUUAGAAACUGAAAUGAUAAACAAUAUGAAAUUAUUGGGUGUUGAUAAGAUCGAAGAUUUGAAUGAAGAUUUGAUUGAUAUUUCCAACUUGAAAUUCAGAGGUUUUAAUAACACGAGAUUGGAAUAUCCUAGAUUCAGCAAUAAUGCUGGUAUCGAAACUACCAGGUUGUAG